UAGACAGACACCACCUUCAUAGCCGCCGACGCUCCCCUGCCUGCGGACAUCGCCCAUGAAGAACUAGCAACAGGUUCCAGGAUAGGAACCAACACAAGCAAGCUAAGAAAACGAUGGGCAUCCAAGACAUCCGCGAUGGUGUGGCAUCCUUCUUCGUCAUGCUGAAUAAGGAGACAUACAUCCUGUUUCGGAUUGAGAUUCUUGUAGUCCUGGUCACACUCUUGUUCUUUGUGAUGUUCAUCAUGGAUGUCUUUCGUCACAACAUCCACAACACAAAGAUGGCAACUAUCUUUAGCAUCUUGGAUGCCGUCUCUGACUCCAUUGUCGUAUACCUGCUGGGGGCCAUGCAAACAGCAAAGUUCAAGAAUCGACUGUUGAAUCAGCUGUUCCCAGUUUGGGGCCUUGUGCUUGUUAGUUUCCGUUACAACAUCGAUUUCAUCUCUGGAUAUGGUGUUCAUGACCAACAUGGGCGACGGUUCAUAGAGUGGAGGAACGUGGUGAAACUUCUGGGAUCAGCCUUCUUGAACUUGUCGAGCGACUCAAGGUUUGCAGUUCCACUAUGGUCGCUUUUGGCUCUGCAGAUACUGAAGAGCGGGUACAGAUUCUAUGUGCAUAGUCUGACAGUCAAAUCUGUCUGGCAUGGCAAGAGUUCAGAGGUCGUUACAGAGCACAUGCGUGCCGGCCCUCACAGUAGCAACUGGAAACCUGAGGAGUGCAACCCAGAGAAUAUGGCAGGAUACAAAUACUUGGUCUAUGGAGAAACCAAACAGAGCAUCAAAUUCAAGAAGCCUCAGUAUGUCAUGUAUAUCGAUACUGCCCAGAAUGGUCGUCGUCCGCGUCCAGGGAGAUCAACACUGAUCACCCUAGACAAGAUCUGGGGAUGUUACAGGCAUCUGUUAGACCAGGACAGCAAUGAGGGGAAUGAUCAAAAGGAUCUCUCUCUGGCCUUCGCCUUGUCUAGAUUGCUUCGGUGCAGGCUAGAGGAUGUGACACUGCAACAAAAAAUCUUCCACAUUAACCGAAAGCUAGUUAAGAAUAAGAUCCUUGAGGAGCAGAACGCUAGCCGUGCCUUCAGGAUCAUGGAGCUGCAACUCUCUUUCGUAAACGACUACUUCAACACCCGCUACCCUAUGGUGUUUUGGUGUGGGUUCCUUUCUCUCUUCUCAAAUUUGCUUCUCUCCACAGUGACCUUCGGUGUUGUCUGCUGGCUUGCUGUGGAUAUCCAUAAGGUCUAUAAGCCCCCAAAGAAUGAUCGGGCUCGAGUGGUGCGUGGGGUCAAUGUUGACAUGAUCAUCACCUGGGUAUUCAUGAUUUUUAUGCUGUUCAAAGAGAUCUGGGAGAUGGUCAGCUACUUGGUCUCAAACUGGACUAGAUUACUCCUUGUGUGCAUGUAUGCACAACGGAAGGAAGAGCGCACUAGAAACAGAUGCAUGGAAGGCACAAUAUCAUCCUUUUUCAAAUCCAUGAUAACUAGUAAGCUGUGGCAUGGACAUAUUGACCAGUAUGUGUUUCUGGAGUCAUACGAUAACAAACCAAGAAUUUGGAAUUUUCUCCACUACAUAACCAUAGGAUUGUCACCAAAGAAGGACGAUGGAGCAAUACUCCACAGCGCCAUUGAUGUGCCAGAAUGUGUCACACUGGCAGCAUUGGAGAAGCUCCGCAUGAGCCUAGAGAAGCUAAGCUCUCCUGGCAUCGUAAGUGAUCAGCCAGAUAAUCCUAACAGAAAUCAAGAAGAGACCAUCAUUAGGGGUCGUUCUCUGUCCAAGGCCAUCAUAUCGCUGUCUGGUGCAGACUGUGACCGAAGGAAGGGGUAUCGUUGGGCCUGCUACGACCUGCCCACGUGCUCCCAUGUAAUUCUUGUGUGGCACAUUGCAACCAGCCUCUGUGAGAUGGAGCUUGCUCAGCGCCAUGAAGUUGAUUUAAGCAAACAUGGGUUCCUGAACUUCAUCUUGUCGUACUUCACAAGUUGCUGCUCAUCGAAACCAUACCUCCUCGAUGUGGACAACAAGACAAAGGAAAAGAAGAAAGUAACAGGGAAGUUGCCUGAUGAGCUCCAUGAAAUGUACAUCACUGCGAAUAGCUUGUCUCGGUACUGUGCAUAUUUGCUAGUUUCAAAGCCUGACGUGAUCCCCGACAGCUUUAAUGUACCCAAGAUGGUCUUACAAGAAACUGUGACACGAUCCCGUGAUGAUAUUCUUAAGAACUGUGACUCCUUAAAGAGCAGGUAUGACAAAUUGAUGGAAGAAGCAGAAAAGGCCACCAAAGAUGUUGACGACGUCAUGAAAAAGGAAGAUGUUGUGCGACUAGGUGCAAUGCUGGGAAAACAACUAAUUGGUGAGUCUCAAAAAGAUUGCUGGGAGAUCUUGUCCGGGGUAUGGGCAGAUUUACUAGUACACAUUGCCCCCACUUGGAAUGCAGAGGUACACAAGAAGUGCCUCGAGUCAGGAGGGGAAUUCAUAACCUAUUUCUGGGCAUUGCUAUGGCAUUGUGGAAUUGAGAAGAGCAACUUAUGGCCAGUGGAAGGUCUAUAUGACAUUGUGGUGGUCAGAGGGAUGUGGAAUGGUGGGAACACAUGUUACUUCAAUGCAGUGUUGCAGAGUCUCCUUGCAGUUGAUAAGUUGCGCGCAAGGAUGUUAGGACAUGAUGCUUUGACAGGGGACCUUGGUCAGGAACUGCAGAAGCUUUUCAGAAUGACAACCAAUACCAGUGGUGCUGAAGGUGUGCUGAUGCCAGACAAAUUCUUCUCAUAUAUGUGCAAAAUGAAAUCAGAUUUCAAACUUGGCGUGAUGGAAGAUAGCAAUAACAUGCUUGGUUCCUUGCUAGAUGGGUUGAACAAUGAGGAACAUACAAUGGUUGAGUCACUCUUCUACAGCGAGGUCGCUAAACAUGUCUCUAGCAAAGAGUGUGAGCACACAUCAGUUACCAGUGGUGGCGAGUACCUUGAUCUCAGUUUGGCAAUACCACCAAAGAGGCCUGCAUCAAUCGAGGACUGCUUGGACUUCUAUGCCACAGGGGAGAUCGAGGAUUGGCACUGUAUGCACUGUUCAGCUGCUGCUGCUUCUGGAAAUGCAUCUUUGAACCAAGAAGAUACAUCAGACUAUGAUGGCCAACCUGAACAGUCGGAGAACAAAACGUAUGAAAAGGGAGAAUCCAGCCAUCAAACUGACAAACAAACAAGAACACCGAAUCAGAACAACGGAAAGCUACCUAUGCUUGAUAGCAACUCAAAUCAAAUGGAAGAGAGCCAUAGAAAACAGAAAGAGGAAGAGAAGAUAUACAGAGCUGCAACAGUGCAAUAUCGCAUUACCAAGGCGGCACCCAUACUAACCAUCCAGCUGAAGAGAUUCGACUAUUCCCACACGGAUAAAGCAGACAAGUUGGAAGAACAUGUGAGCUUUCAGGAUACUCUUGAUAUGACAAAGUUCAUGGACCCUGGACAUGUGGAGGAUGUUGAGUACAAAUAUCGCCUGGUUGCCGUCAUUGUACACCGUGGGCCAAAGUUGCGUGAAGGACACAAUUUUGCUUAUGUGAGAGCCAGCCAAAUUGGAGGCCAGCAGCAGGAGAGCAGCGGCACUCCCUCUUGGUUUUGCGCAAACGACGAGAGCAUCACACAGGUAUCGCUUCAACAGGUACUUGAGUGUCAGGCCUACAUGCUUUUCUAUGAAAGGGUUGAACUGCCGAAGGCCGAGCCAGUUGUAGAAGAACAUCUGCCAACGGACCACUGAUCACGAAAUGAUGGGCAGGGUGACAGAUGAUCGAGAAGGGGAAAUGUUUGAGGAUUAUUUGUUUUUGUUGUUUCAUUCGGCAAUCAGCACAGUUUGAUUUAUUUGUGGGGUGCUCUCAUUUUGGAAGGGCUUAGAGUUUGGAUUGAAAGCAAGCGUGAGGCGUUGCUUUGAAUUUUAUUUUCGGUUUUCAGUUUGGUUGUAAGAAAUAACUUUAUACAUUUGCAAACUGUGUGUUCCAUUUA